AUGGCGCCCACCAAGGACAACAGCGCCAGGAACGGCGUCAAGCGCGAGCUGGCCAGCGCCGCCGAGCCGCCGACCAAGAAGGCAAAGCUGCUCGACAACACCGACGACGAGGGCUCGGACAGCGACAAUGGCCAAGGGUCUUUGCAGAUCAACGAGGACUAUGCGCGCCGGUUCGAGCACAACAAGAAGCGCGCCGAGAAGUUUAGACUCGAGGAAAAGUACGGCAAGGACAGGGCAUUCGACAACGGCGACGAUGACGAGUCCGAAGACUCGGAGGAGGGCGUAGAAGAGGACGAUGCAGCCGAGCUCCUGGACGAAGACCUCGACGAGCAGGUCAAUGCUACUCUGCAGGCUCUGCGCGCAAAGGACCCCCGCAUCUACAACAAGGACGUCAAGUUCUACCGCGAUGUCGACGAGAACAAGGGCGCAGAAGAGGCGAGCAAGGAAAAGUCUAUGACACUCCGCGACUACCAUACAAAGAAUCUUCUCGAGGGCAAAUACACCGUCGAUGAGGAUGAGGAUGCGCCGCCAAAGACGUAUGCGCAGGAACAGGAAGAGGCCCGCCAAGAGCUAGUCAAGGCCCUGGAUGCUGCUGACGGAGACGACGACGAUGACUUCAUCGUCGCCAAGGAGAAGCCCGAAAAGCCCAAGGAAGACCGGAUCAAGAUCACAGCAGAGGAUGUGGAAAAGGCCGAUCAAGACCCGGAAACCUUCCUGUCCAACUUUAUGGCUUCUCGCGCCUGGGUGCCCACCAAAUCUGCUCGUUUCCAACCGCUCGAGUCGGACGACGAAGAGGAAGACGCCGCUGCUGACGAAUGGGAGAACUCGUACAACCUAUACUUUGAGGACACGACGGGCGCCAACGAGAAGAUCAUGACAUAUGCCCGUGACGCCGUUGCAAACACUACAGUACGUCGAGAGGAUAAGAGCAGCCGGCGAAAGGCCCGUGAGGCUGCACGGGCAAAGCGUGAAGCCGAGAGGAGAGAGAAGGAGCAGGACCUUGCUCGACUGCGCAAGCUCAAGGUCGAAGAGAUGGAGGAAAAGGUCAAGCAGAUUCGUCAGAUAGGAGGACUGAGCGGCAGGGACUUCAACAUUGAGGAAUGGAAGGAUGUGCUCGAGGCAGACUGGUCCGACGAGCAGUGGGACGCUGAAAUGCAGAAGCGCUUCGGAGACGCAUACUACGGAGAAGAAGAGGGGCCCGACCAGAAGGGCAAGAAGAAGCCCAAGAAGCCCAAGUUUGACGACGACAUCGACAUCAAGGAUCUCGUACCCGACUUCAAAGACGACGCCGAAGAAGAGCGCCCCUCGCUCUCCUCGGACGACGAACUGGCCGACGCCGACGGCGCCUCUGAUAAUCAAGAGGACCCUGAUGCCGCCGAAGACGCCACCAGCACGGGCGCAUGUACCCAAAAAUCGUCCAAGCAGCGCAAGCAAGAGCGCGCAGACGCAAAAUCCGCCGCCCGUCGCGACCGACGCCUAAUCGAGAAUCUCGUCAACCAAAACCUAGAAUACGAGGCCGCGCUCGCCGCCAAGCCUUCAAAAGCUGCCUCGCGCUUCCGCUACCGCGAAACGUCACCCACGUCGUUUGGCCUGACGCCCCGCGACAUCCUGCUUGCCGACGACAAGGCGCUGAAUGCCUUUGCCGGCCUCAAGAAACUCGCGUCGUUCCGCGACCCCGUCAAGAAGAAGCGCGACAAGAAGCUGCUCAGCAAAAAGGCUCGCAUCCGCCAGUGGCGCAAGGAUACCUUUGGCGAUCCCCAUGGCCCAACCCGUGCCUUUGAAACGCUCGUCGACUCUGCGGCUCCACAAAGCGUCCAGCUUGACAGGCACGACACCCCCGACCAGCCGCCUAGCAGCAAUAUUGUUGAAGGCGACAAGAAAAAGAAGAAGAGGAGCCGGAAGAGGAAGGCGGCUGCUAUUGAGGUUUAG